UUAUCGAAUGUUCACAAUGGUUUGUUUACAAUGCAUCAUCAACUUGCAGCUGGUUUUUUGUUAUUUUGUUGAUAUACCUUUUAUGCAUUUAAUUAACUUCGAAUUAGAAGCUAAACGUGCGUAGCCAAGCUAAGAAGAUGGGCUUGAAAUCGAGUUCGGCUUUGUAAAGAUUUGGGGAAAAAUAAUUUUGUAAAUAUGUCGAGUAUUUCUGUUGUUGCUACAAAGCCAUAUGAUGGGCAAAAACCCGGCACUAGUGGAUUACGCAAAAAGGUAAAAGUUUUCACGCAACAAAAUUAUACUGAAAACUUUGUCCAGUGUAUUUUGGACGCUAAUGGUACAGCAUUGCAAGGAUCGCUAAUUGUGGUGGGCGGUGAUGGUCGCUACUAUUGUAAGGAAGCAGCGGAGCUUAUUAUCCGUAUGUGCGCUGCGAAUGGGGUUGCAAAAUUAUUGGUUGGCCAAAAUGGUAUACUAUCCACUCCAGCAGUUUCAAGUUUGAUUCGUCAUAAUAAGGCACUGGGUGGAAUUGUGCUGACUGCAUCCCACAAUCCCGGCGGUCCCGACAACGAUUUCGGCAUUAAAUUCAAUUGCGAAAAUGGAGGACCUGCACCGGAUGCUGUAACAAACAAUAUCUACCAACUUUCUACUGCCAUUAAGGAAUACAAAAUUGUCAAUGGCUUAGACAUCGACAUUAGUAAAAUAGGUAUUAACAAAUAUGAUAUCAACGGUAAGACUUUCGUUGUUGAGGUCAUCGACUCAGUCGCGAAUUAUGUCACCCACAUGAAGGAAAUAUUCGAUUUUGAGAAACUACGCGAGUUUGUUAGCGGCAAGGCAACUGGCAACCCACUCAAAAUGCGCAUAGAUUCGUUGAACGGUGUAACCGGCUCUUAUGUACGUGAAAUUUUUCUGAACGCUUUGGGUGCAGCAGAGAGCUGUGUAGUUCAUACAACACCUCUACCCGAUUUUGGUGGCUUGCAUCCGGACCCAAAUCUAACGUACGCCAAAGACUUGGUGCAGGCCGUUGCUCAAGGAGACUACGAUAUCGGCGCUGCAUUCGACGGCGAUGGAGACCGCAAUAUGAUAAUAGGUCAUCGGGCUUUUUUUGUCACUCCCAGUGACUCAUUGGCAGUUAUCGCAAACAACUUGGAAUGUAUUCCUUACUUUAGGAAAAAUGGCAUACAAGGCUUUGCUAGAAGCAUGCCUACAGCAUCUGCUGUUGAUUUGGUUGGAAAGAAGCUGGGUAAAGAGGUAUUUGAAGUCCCCACCGGUUGGAAGUAUUUCGGCAACCUAAUGGAUGCCGGACGCCUAUGCUUAUGUGGCGAGGAGAGUUUCGGCACCGGUUCCAACCACAUACGCGAAAAAGAUGGCAUUUGGGCGGUUUUAGCCUGGCUUUCCGUUAUGCAAAACACCGGCAAAGGUAUUGAAGAUAUUCUUAAAGAUCAUUGGGCUACCUAUGGGCGUAACUACUUCACACGCUACGACUACGAGGAAUGUGAAUUGGAUCCUUGUAAUGAAAUGAUUGCAACCAUGGAGAGGAAUAUUACGGAUCCUUCAUUUGUGGGAAAGAGCUUUACGAGCGGCGGAAAAACAUAUCAAGUAAAGAUUGCUGAUAAUUUCAGCUAUACUGAUCCCGUGGAUAAUUCCGUUGCUACAAAGCAAGGCUUGCGUAUUGUCUUCGAGGACGGUAGUCGUAUUGUUAUUCGUCUCAGUGGUACGGGUAGUUCAGGCGCUACUGUUCGUUUGUAUAUUGACUCGUACGAGAAAGAUAAUGUACUCGGCCAAGCUAGCGACAUGUUGAAACCACUUAUAGACAUCGCCUUGGAGAUUUCCCAACUACCAAAGUUUACCGGACGCAAUGCACCCACAGUCAUUACAUAAGGAAACAUUUAAAAAAGCAGCAUGUGCCUAAUUUCGGCUAUACCGCCUAACAAAUUUCAAGCAUAGAACGUAUUACAAUGGUUAAAGUUAUCAGUCGUAAAUCGUCAGCAAUGCCAGUACUAUAAUUUGACCCUUUUUUAAUUUAAUACUUAAUAAACAAGAAUAAACAAGUUUGCGUUUGCUAUAAACAACGACAGG